AUGUUUCAGGUUCGUCAAAACGUAACUCAAAUUGUACUACAUCAAAAUGUAGUUUCAAUCAAUGCUGUGACUGUGGUAGAUAGCAACAAUGCUGCAGUUCCACUGCAGGUGCCUAACCCUUUCACAACAGACGGUUAUUACGAAAUCUUAAAGAUUAACUUUGCAUCGACCGUUAUACCUGGUAAAUACUUCAUAACUGUGAACUAUAACGGACGUAUAAACGAAAAUCCACAUGAUAGAGGAUUCUACAAAGGAUAUUACUACUAUGGCACUGAGAAGCGUUACUACGCUACAACACAAUUCCAGCCUUAUCACGCCAGGAAAGCCUUCCCCUGUUUCGAUGAGCCCCAAUUCAAAAGUCCGUAUGUAAUUUCAAUUACAAGGGAUUCAUACCUUAGAGAAUCAUACUCGAAUAUGGCUAUUGGAAAUACUGAAGUUCUAAGCAACGGUCGUGUGCGUGAGACUUUCCUUCCUACACCUAUCAUCUCUGCCUAUCUGAUCGCUUUCCACGUCAGUGAUUUCGUUCCCACUAACAACAGUGGAACAGCCGCCAAACCGUUCCAAGUUAUCUCCCGUGAAGGAGUUACAGAUCAGCAUGGCUAUGCCGCUGACGUUGGUUUCAAGAUCACUGAGGUGAUGGAGGAUUAUUUUAACAUCAGCUACUAUGGAAUGGGACAAGGACAGCCGAUGAAGAACGACCAUAUUGCGCUUCCUGAUUUCCCAUCUGGCGCUAUGGAAAACUGGGGAAUGGUUAACUAUAGGGAGGCUUAUCUGCUGUAUGAUCCUCAAAAUACAAAUGUUCUGGACAAACUAUUUGUCGCUUCUAUUAUUGCUCAUGAGAUGGCACACAAGUGGUUCGGAAACCUUGUCACCUGUUUCUGGUGGAGUAAUUUGUGGUUAAAUGAAUCUUUUGCCAGUUUCUUUGAAUACUUCAGUGCCCAUGAGGCGGAUAAAUGGCUUGAGUUGGACGAUCGCUUUAUCCUUGCUAGAGUGCAAAGUGCUCUGAAUGGAGAUGCGAGUCCAUCUAUUAUGCCCAUGAAUUGGUCUGUUGUUGCUGACAACCCUUCAAUCACUGCUCAUUUCGGAACUAGCAGCUAUGCUAAAGGUGCUUCUGUAUUGAGAAUGUUGGAACACUUCGUAACACCAACUGUAUUUAGAAAUGCAUUGAGAUACUACUUAAGAGAUAACGCCUAUGGAAUCGCUUACCCUGAAGAUAUGUACAAGGCAUUCAGACAGGCCGUUUCUGAAGAUCCUACAUUCGCAGUGGCUUACCCAAAUAUUGAUAUUGGUAAUGUGUUUGACAACUGGGUGCAAAAUCCAGGCUCCCCAGUAGUAACUGCUGAUGUCAAUAUGACGACUGGUCUUAUUACUCUGACUCAGCAAAGAUUCCAAUUGAGUGGAACACCACCCAAUCAUAUUUGGCAAAUCCCUAUUUCCUGGACACAUGGAGGAAGUCCUAACUUUAACAAUACGAGACCCACCUACGUUCUAACGGGCAGAACUGGAACCCUUCAGAAACCAGCCGGCCAUGGAUGGGUUGUUCUUAACAUUGCUCAAUCAGGUCUUUACCGAGUCAACUAUGAUGAUCAUAACUGGGAGAUGAUUGCCUCUCAGUUACGCAGUAAUAAAGAUGUAAUUCAUAAGCUCAGUAGGUCUCAAAUUGUCAACGAUGUCUUGUACUUCGUUAGAGCUGGACAAAUAAGAAUCCCUCGUGCAUUUGAUGUCCUAUCAUUCUUGAAAACGGAGACAGAUUAUUAUGUAUGGAACGGAGCUAUAACUCAACUGGAGUGGGUUCAUAGAAGAUUGAAACAUUUGCCUACUGUUUAUGCGGAAUUUACUGAUUACUUAUUGGAUCUAAUAGAGGCUGCUGUCGAACAUUCCGGUUACGAAGAGGGCGCUAACGAUUCAGCUUCUGAGAUCCAACAAAGAAUGCAAAUAAUGAACUUCGCUUGCUCUCUUGGACAUCGUGGUUGUAUUGAGGACAGUUUGACAAAAUGGAGGAGAUUCCGAGAUGAAAAUAUAGCAAUUCCAGUGAACGCUCGCCGAUACGUGUACUGUGUUGGUGUCCGCGAAGGAAAUAUCACAGAUUUCAACUUUUUAUUCAACAAAUACAAUACUUCCGAAAACGCGGCAGAUAUGUUCGUUAUGUUGCGCGGUUUGCCUUGCACCAAAGUUCAAACGGCAGUAAGAGAGUUCUUGUACCAGUCCAUGUACAGUGAUAAGAUCAGAAUCCACGACAGAAAUAAUGCUUUCUCGGUAGCUUUGCAAGGGAACGAUGAGAACUUAGAAACUGUAAUGGACUUCCUUUUCCAGAACUAUGCUGCGAUUAGAACAAACUACGGCGGCGAUGUGAGACUAACAAAUGCUAUCACAGCAUUGUCAACAUACUUAACCGACUUCCAAGAUAUAGUGAAGUUCCAAUCGUGGGUAUAUCAGAACCAAAUCGGGCUGGGAACAUCCUUCACAUCUGCGGUUGGUGUGGUCACCACUAGUGUGUCCAACUUGCAAUGGGGUAACAACGUCGCAACUGAAAUCGUGACAGCAGUUCGAAGCCAGAAUGCAGCAUCUUCAUUGACCACCUCGUUUUGUGUAGUAAUAUUGGCUUUAGCAGCUAGAUUUAUUUAUAGUUCUUACAGACGAACGGCAAGACGGCUGAAGUAUCCUCUGCUGUUCACAACUUGCCAAAUGUUCUUCAAAAUAGGCAUAAUCCUCUUGGGGAUAACUUCGAUAAGAGCUGAAAAAUUAACACUGGGAGACAUAGAUGAUUCAAUUACGCUUACCUCUGAAGUCCUCACUAGAAAUGCUGCACAGGCUUACAGACUACCAACAAAUGUAAUCCCUCUAGAAUAUGAUAUACAUAUUGACCUAUACUUUGCGGAAAACAGAGACAAACCCUACAGCUACAAUGGCAAAGAAAAUAUUAUUAUACAAGCGGUAGAGAGUAAUGUCAAUCAAAUAGUACUACAUGCUAACGUUGAUAUCAUCAAUGCUGUAUCUGUUAUUAGAGACGAUGGAAAAAUAGUAACGAUGAACCCAAAUCAGCCCUUUUUUGUGGAGCCACAAUACCAUUUCUUGAGAAUAAACCUGAUUGACGCAUUAGAAGUUAACAGGAACUAUACGUUAAUGAUUGACUAUUCGAGUACUAUGAAUGAAGGGCCAAUGAAAAGAGGUAUAUGGAGGGGAUGGUAUAAAGACGCUGAUGGCGUUGAAAGGAUAUACGCAACAACACAUUUCCAACCCUAUAACGCGAGACAAGCGUUCCCCUGUUGGGAUGAACCGUUGUUUAAGGCUGCAUUCAAAGUACAUUUAUCUGCGCCUCAAAGCUACUCAAAAGUCUUCUCCAAUACUGAUAUAGAGUCUGUAACGACCGACCUGACAUCUGGACGUAGUACAACAAACUUCUACACAUCACCCGUAAUGUCUUCGUACCUUGUAACAUUCCUCGUGAGUGAAUCUUUCCAAGUCAUUGCUGAAGACAAAUCCUUUAACCCGCCAAUCAGGAUAAUUGGUAGAUCCAACACUAUGGGCCUUGCUGACCACGCUCUACAUUUAGCGGUGAAAAUGACUGAAUUCUUUGAUAGAUACUUUGAAAUUCCGUACUCUUCGCUUCAUCCGUAUCUGCUGAAUGAUCAUAUUUCCUCUCCCGAUUGGGCGUCAGCUGGAACUGAAAAUUGGGGUAUGGUGAGCUACAGAGAGUUAUACUUAGUAAUAGACCCCCGUGAAACGAUAAUGUCUGUAGAACAUUACGCAGCGACAUUAGUAUCUCACGAAUUGGCUCAUAAAUGGAUGGGAAACUUGAUCACAUGCUAUUGGUGGAGUAACACUUGGAUCAACGAAGGCUUUGCUAGUUACUUUGGAUAUAUAGCAACUCAUGCUGUAUUCCCAGAAUACGAAUUGCAUGAACAUUUCAACUCAAGAUAUCUACAAAACAGUUUGUCAUUUGAUUCCGGCGUGUCCACGGUUCCUCUAAAUCAUGACGUCAAUACUCCAGCCCAAGUGACCGGCCAUUUUGGUACCAUAAGUUAUUCUAAAGGCGCUGCUUUCCUUAGAAUGCUUGCGGAUAUGAUUACACCAGAAACAUUUAGGAAGGCCUGCAAAUAUUUCCUAACUGACAAUGCCUAUCAAGCAACGGACCAGUUUGACCUCUAUAAUGCAUUUGCAAAAGCCAUACAAGAGGAUGGUUCCUUUAACAACUACCAACACUUUAAUUUCACCGAUUUCUAUCGUAUCUGGGUGAAUGAGGCUGGUUAUCCGAUCUUGAAUGUCCAGGUCGACUACGCUGGUGCUGAAAUUCAACUGAGUCAAGAAAGGUUUUUCAUAAGCGCAACAGCGCAACCAACGGGCCAAAUAUAUCCGAUCCCAAUUACAUACUCGACCAAGUCGAAGGCUGACUUUGAAAACCUAAGACCUUCUUUGAUGAUGACGGGUGACAAGGCUGUGCUACAAACAAAUGGUGCUGAAGAAUGGGUUAUUUUCAACCAUCAACAACAUGGUUUAUAUAGAGUCAAUUACGACGAGAAGACGUGGAAUUUAAUAGCAGACGCCUUAUUGGAGGAACCUGAAUCUAUUCACUAUUUGAACAGAGCUCAAGUCGUGGACGACGUAUUUGCUCUAAUGAGGUCCGGAAGAAUGACGUACGAUUUCGGCUUCAAAAUUCUUCGAUUCCUUCGCAACGAGGUUAACUACCACGUUUUGAAUCCCGCUAUUUCUGGCUAUACUUGGCUACGUAAUCGCUUUGCGCAUAUGCCAGAAACGCAGUCUACUUUUGAUGCUCAUAUUCUUAGCUAUUUGGAACACGCUAUAGAUAAACUAGGCUUUGAACCAGCCGCUAAUGAAACUGCAACAACGAGUCUUACUCGGCAAGAAGUGCUGCAUUUCGCUUGUACAAUGGGACAUGAAGGAUGUGUAACAGAAUCUAAAAAUAGAUUUGCUGCUAUGCGAAGUGGUAGAUGGAUUGACCCUCGCAUUCGACGUAAUGUCUAUGUAGUUGGUAUCAGAGAGGGUACUGUUGAAGAUUUUAACUUCCUCCUGAACCGUUUCCACUCAUCAAACUACGCCAAUGACCAGCUGGAGAUGCUCAGAGGUUUAGGUGCGACACGGGACCCACAACUUUUGACGAGAUACCUCGAGUUAACUCUGGCGAAAGAAGUAAGAUCACAUGAUAAAGUUAACUCGUUUAAUUAUGCACUUUUGGGCAAUAGAAAAAAUGCUGUUACCGUUCUACAAUUCGUGAAAAACAACAUCGAAACUAUAAGAAAAGAAUACGUAGAAGACGCACCACCAAACCCCGUGCACACAGCACUUUCCAAUUUAGCCGCGUACUUGGAUGAAGAAGAUCUAGUUGAGUAUGAAUCCUGGCUGCGCACCUCUCAAAGCAGUUCAGCACAGUUCAACACUGCGAUAUCCGCCAUAAACUCUGCCCGUAACAACAUGGCGUGGGGUACAGCAAAUGCUGACAUCGUUUUAUCAGCAACCAGAUCAGGAGCAACUAACGUAGCCAUUUCGUCUACUUUGCUCAUCAUGUCUCUUAUUCUAAAUCUGGUUAUUCUACCAGCUCUAUUGGCGGUAGUCACAUCAGAGUUCCCUUUUGAUGUUGAGGAACCAGCUUUUUUCAAUAGUGUUGAUGAAGAAAUUUACAGGUUACCAGAAGAUUUAGAUCCAAUACACUUUGAAGUAGAAAUCACACCGUAUUUUGAGGCGGAAGGUAAUAACGAAGCAUUUACUUUUGAUGGCGUUGUUACUAUUAACGUGAAGGCAUUGAAAAACGGCAUAACUUCAUUAGUAAUACAUGAAAAUGUCAGGGAAAUAAGAGCUAUUACUAUAACCGAUAGUAAAGGAGCUUUAUUGUUUAUGGAUCCUAUGGUACCAUUUGAAAGGUUACGGGAAUAUCAUUUUCUGAAGAUAAAUUUGGUGCAAGGAACUACUCUAACCUUGAAUGAAACUUAUACAAUAAGUAUAGACUAUGUAGGAAACAUCAACGAGACUCCUCUCUCCAGAGGGGUCUUUAGAGGCAGUUAUGUUGGAAAUGAUGGAAAGAGGCAUUGGUAUGCGGCUACUCAUUUACAACCUACAAAUUCUAGACAAGCAUUCCCAUGCUUCGACGAACCUGGAUUUAAAUCAACAUUUGAUAUUAUUAUCAACCGGCCUUUAAGUUUCACAGAAACAUACGCUAAUAUGCCUCUUAAAUCUCAUCAAAUUAUUGGUAACCGCGUCAAAGAAGUAUUCCACACCACACCAAGGAUGUCUGCAUACUUGAUCUCUUUUCAUAUAAGUGAAGAGUUUCAAGUAAUCGCUAGCAAUAAUAAUAAUACUCAUCCUUAUCGCAUCAUAGCAAGGCCGAAUGCAGCUGAUCAAGGUGCUUACGCGUUGGAAGUAGGUCCUCCGUUAACUGCCUGGUUUUCUGAGUACUUGGGUAUUGAUUACUACGCAAUGGAUGAUAAUCUGAAGAACGAUCAAUUGGCAUCUCCUGAUUGGGCUUCUGGAGCCACUGAAAAUUGGGGAUUAGUGUCCUAUAGAGAAUUACGUCUUUUAUAUGAAUCAGGAGAAACAAAUGCUUUUGACAAAUUCUACAUUGCCACCAUCACGUCGCACGAAUUGGCUCACAAGUGGUUUGGAAAUCUGAUAACAUGUAGAUGGUGGGAUAAUGUCUGGAUUAAUGAAGGAUUUGCAAGUUACUUCGAAUACUUUGCUACUCAUGAAGUUUACAAAGAGCUUGAAGUAGGUGACCAAUUUAACAUUCUAUCGCUGCAAAGUGCUUUAUCAUCAGACUCUGCAGUAAGCACCAGGGCUUUGGAGCACACAGUAAAUACACCAACACAAGUAACGGGCCAUUUUUCAGGAAUCAGUUAUACAAAGGGUGCCUCUUUACUGGCCAUGUUGAAAUAUUUAAUGGGAGAAAGUACGUUUCAAAAAGCCCUCAAUUACUUUUUAGUAGACAGGUCUUAUGAACAUGCUUUUCCCGUGGACCUUUAUAACAACUUCGCUAAAGCAGUUGCGGAGGACGGACAAAAUAUUGACAUUGCUGCUAUUUUCCGCUACUGGGUAGAAGAAAGAGGUUACCCUGUGAUUAAUGUCGAUGUUAACAUGGAGACUGGACUAAUAAAUAUUACUCAGGAGCGAUUCUUCAUCAGUCCUUCAGCAGCACAGACCCAACAGCUCUGGCCGAUACCAUUGACGUACACUACUGGUAAUAACCCAGAUUGGGAAAAUUUUAAGAUAUCCCAUAUCAUGACAGGCCGAGAUUAUCAGAUACAAAAAGAUCCAGGUCAUGAAUGGGUAAUCUUCAAUGUACAACAAAAAGGAAUCUACAGAGUCAAUUAUGACACACAUACGUGGGAAAUGAUAGCUGAUGCGCUUCAAAAUAAUCAUACCAGCAUUCAUCAUUUGAAUAGGGCUCAGAUCGUCGACGACGUCUUCGCACUAAUGCGCUCUGAAAGAAUGAGUUACGAUCUCGGCUUCCACGUUUUGGACUUCCUUAAAAAAGACACUAGCUACUACUCUUGGUAUCCAGCUAUCACCGGUUUCUCUUGGUUAAGAAAUAGAUUCCGACACAUGCCUGAUGCUCUAAGAGAGUUUGAUGAAAUUCUACUUGGAUUUUUGCGAAACGUACUUGACGAUAUAGAAUAUGACGUAAGAGAAGGAGAACCCAUCAGCAGAACGCUAAAUCGAUUCUUCUUACUUAAUUUCGCUUGUGAAAUUGGUCACGAAGGUUGCAUUCAAGAUGCCAUGGCUAAAUUCCAUGCUUUGAGGAACAAUGGAAUCAGCGUAAACCCCAAUUUGAGAAGGCACGUGUUCUGCCAAGGCCUUCUCAAUGGGAACUUCAGUGACUGGCAGUUCUUACACCAACGUAGGGCAGCAUCUAACAAUCAAGCUGCUGAGGUGGCUAUGCUUAGAUCCCUUGGAUGUACAACUGAUAGUCAAGCUGUGCAACAAUAUUUAGAGAUGGUGCUAAGUCAGCAUGAAGUAAAAGCGCAAGAUAGUAUAAAUGCCAUGACUUGGCUCUACAUGGGCAAUCGGGCUAAUGCCAAAACUGCUUUGGAAUUUUUAAAACCCCGAGUAGAAGCCUUCAGAAGAAAGGUUGUUUUGCCAGCUUGGUUUGAGAACCUUCUCAGUAAUCUAGCUUCUUAUUUGGAUGAAGAGGGCCUUAAUGACAUGGAGCAAUGGUUACGUGCAAACCAGGCGACUGUGCCUGGCUCCAGUACUGGUCUGAAUGCUAUAGCUUCAGCUAGAGCCAACAUGCAGUGGGGAACAGAAAAGGCAUCCAUGAUUCUGCGAGCCGCAAGAGGAUCCGCUACAACAUUCUUCCCAGCAUCUAUGCUUUUAAUGCUAGCUUUAGCAUUGUUAAUGCAGGUCAGAAUGACGACUCGACAAUUUUUAAAAGUGGCUAUUUGUAGCCUUAUACUAGGCCUAUCCAAAUGUGAUACAAAUUAUCGUCUUAACACGCCAAUCAAACCAUCAGCAUACUCAAUUGCUAUAACACCAUACUUUGACACCGGUGACGACAAAGCGUUCACCUUCGACGGAGAAGUUAGCAUACAAUUUAGAACAGAAAACAACACAAAUCAGAUCAAAAUCCAUUCAGAAGACCUCAAUUUUAAUUCUUCUGAUGUUCGAGUAACAAGCGGAUCUGUAAUUGUCAGUCUAAAAGAAGAAAUGCCUUUGGAAUUUGAUAAGAAAUAUGCAUUCGCUUUCAUUAACUUGGCAACUGACCUUCUUCCUGGCUAUGAUUAUGAAUUGAAAAUUGAUUAUAAAGGUUCCAUAAGAACAGACCUGAAUGGAUUCUAUAGAAACUAUUACAUCGAGAAAGGAGUUAAAAAGUGGUUGGGAGCGACACAAAUGGAACCAACACAUGCGCGAAAAGUAUUUCCUUGUUUUGAUGAACCAGAUCUUAAAGCGUCGUUUAUGCUUUCUAUAGACAGGCCUGAAAACUUUAAACCAAGUUUGACGAACACGAAACUUCAAACUACUAUUCCAUUGGCGAAUGGUUACGUAAGAGAGGUAUUCUAUCCUACACCGAUAAUGUCUACUUAUCUGGUAGCAUUUCUAGUAUCAGAGUUCGAUGGAGCAGCAACCACCACAAAUGGUGUUAAAGAAUUUGGUAUUUACACCCGCCCUGAAGCAACAAACCAAACCGCGUAUGCUUUUGAUUUUGGCCAAAGAGUCGUAGAUGCUCUUGGAGAUUAUUAUGGUAUUGAUUAUUAUUCAGUUGAUAAUAAUCUGAAGUUGGACCACAUUGCUUUGCCAGAUUUUCGUGCAGGUGCUAUGGAAAACUGGGGAUUGAUUAAAUAUAGAGAAUCUCUCUUACUAUAUGUACCUGAGGACUCCAAUCCUUACUACAAAUAUAGAGUAGCACAAAUUGUGGCUCACGAAACUACACACAUGUGGUUCGGUAAUUUGGUAACUUGCCAUUGGUGGAGUAAUACGUGGUUGAACGAAGGAUUUGCCAAUUACUUCCAAGAUUAUAUCACAGCUUUAAUUGAACCUAAUGUUGGAGCUGCGAAUAUGCUUGUCAUAGGAUCAGUGUACUCCGCAUAUGACGCUGAUGAAGACAAGACUGCAGUUCCCAUUACUAAUAAUGAUGUCAAUUCACCAGCAGAAAUCAGUGGUCAUUUCGGCACAAUUACGUACCAAAAAGCUGGUUCCGUUAUUCGAAUGAUGCAUCACUUUUUAGGAGAUGAUGCUUUCAAAUAUGGCUUGCAUUCUUAUUUGGAACAAAAUAAAUUCAAGCCGAGUUAUCCAGAGAAGUUAUAUUCUGCGUUAGAAGAUGGUGCGUCCACAUUUAACUCCCUUGCGGCAUUCCCCGGCCACAACUUGACAAGUGUCAUGAGUUCGUGGAUAUCACAAGCUGGUCAUCCAAUUUUACAUGUUGAAGUUGAUUAUGAAACUGCAACAGUUUCCCUGAAACAGGAACGAUUUUAUACUAAAUCAUCGGAGAGUUCAGAUGAAGUGUAUAAAAUUCCCAUAACAUACACAUUAGGCAGUUCACCUGAUUUUGAAAACACCAGGCCUGUUUUUGUUAUGGAUGCUGAAGAAGAUGAAAUAAAAGUAAAUCAAACGGAAGAAAAUUGGAUUAUUUUUAAUGUACAGGAGUCAGGUUUAUAUAGAGUAAAUUAUGAUGACAAAACGUGGAAGUUGAUAAUGAAUCACCUCAAAAGCAACAAAAGAGAAGAAAUACAUCACUUAAACAGGGCUAAGAUAGUCAACGAUCUAUUUGCAUUUCUGUAUGCCGAUGUGGUGGAGUUUCAAUUGCUUCAUGAAGUUUUAGAGUUUCUGGAAGAAGAAACAGAAUUUACUGUUUGGUACGCUGUUAUACGAAAUUUGAAGGCACUGAGAAAUAAAUAUUUGGGCAGUAAUGCUUUGAGUCAAAUUGAUGCCUAUUCCUUAAAACUGAUGAAUAUUGCUAUCAGCAAAGUUGGAUACGAAGUCAAAGAUGCUGAUGACUUUGAAACUUUAAGGAAUAGAAUGCAAGUCCUGGAAUUCGCUUGUAAGAUUGGACAUAAGGGUUGCAUUGAGAAUACUUUGGCGAUAUACAAAGAAUUCAAAGAUAAUGGAAAAGAAAUUUCACCAAGCUUGCGUCCCGUUACAUACUGUACUGGCUUACAAUUUGGAGAUGGUGAUGAUUAUGACUUCAUGUGGAAUAGAAUGGCUAAAACUAAUGUGGCCAAUGAAGCUCGUACUAUUGGUGAAGUACUGGGCUGUACUACGGAUGAGGAAAAGCUGAGAAGCUUCCUUGUAUCCAUGCUCGUGGAAGACAGUCCUAUUCGCGCUCAAGACCUCACCGUCCCUCUUACUGGUGUCCUAUCCAACUACAGCCAUGUUUCUAUUGUUCUGGACGAAUUGGAUAAGAAUGUAACUUUAUGGAAAACAAUUUACUCAUCUUUAGACAGCGUUCUUCCACAAAUAGCAACUGCUAUGCAUACUGAAGAAGAAUUAGAUAAAUUCGAAGCCUGGCUAUCAUCUUGUUCAGAGUGUGGUGAUACCGCCGUGUCUCUAGCCAGGAAAUCCUUAGCCACAGCGAGGGAAACUACAUCUUGGGCGAAGGACCAUGAAUCCAGUAUACUGUCCACUUUGAGAAGCAAAGCUGGUGUUGUUACUGCGUCCUCUCUGACACUGCUCGUUGGUGUUCUGUGGGCAUUGAUGUUGUAAAGUUUUAUUCUAUAUUCAUUCAGUAAUUGCCAAUUGGAAUAAAGAAAAUUAUGGAAAUGUUAUUAUUUUAUUUAGAUUGUAUAUGAAUUCAAAACUAAUGUGAUAGGUUGUAGAUAAGUACUUGAGAUAUAUUUUUAAACGAAAAUAAACAUUAAGUUAAUAAAAUAAUAAUUGAAUAUUUAAUAUUUAACGAUAUGUUAUAAGAGCAUUUUUAAUCACUAUCUUCAAUUUACUAUCUUACCAUAGCAAUAAAUCUUAUUUUGUGAUAUUUAUUUAAAAUUUAUUCUUUAUUUAAUGAUAAGGUGAUUCUUAUAAAAUGUAUUUUGUUAGCAUUAUGUAGAUAUUAUUGAAGCAAAAUGAAGAGGUAUCUCCACUAAAUGUACCUAGUUAGUUAUUAUUUAAAAUUACCAAUUGGUAUUAUGUAAAACUAUUCUUUAAUUUUUAGAUGUGCAAUAAAUAAUUGUUAAUG